UCACAAAUUUCUCACACUCUUCUACUCAAUAGCUUUAUUUUUUUCUCAUUUUCAUUCACUAUCUCUCUAUUCACAAAACAUCUAUUAUCUCCCGUCCAAAUCUCAGGCAACUGCAUUAUCUUUCUUGAAAACUAAAUUCAUAAAAAUGGGCUAUGGCCGGCUAGGAAAACCCGACCCUGGAGAAAUCUCCGGCAGAGACAUGAUUCCUAAUGAUAUUCCAACUCCCAAAUCCCGCAGUUCUAAGCUUAAAUUCCUCAUCAUUUUUGCCACUGUUCUCUUAAUUGCCUCUGUUAUUUCAGUAGCUGUUUUGGUCGGUGUUCGGAAAAAUUCCGGAAACAGAAUCGAUAAACCAAGUCAAGCAAUGGCGCGUACCUGUAGUCGCACUCUCUACCCAUCUCUUUGUCUCAAUUCGUUAAUUAAUUACCCUGGAGCUAAAUCUGCUUCAGACAGUGACCUCGUUCACAUUUCUGUCAAUUUAACACUCCAGCGCUUUGGUAAAGCACUUUAUAUAUCUUCUGACAUUAACAACCUUGAAAUGAACACUCACAUAAGAUCAGCGUACGAUGAUUGUCUCGAACUGUUGGAGGAAUCAGUGGACCUUUUGUCUCAUUCUUUGAACUCUGUUUUCCCCGGCGACGACGGCGGUAAUUCUCCGGCGGGGUCCACACAGGACGUGAUGACGUGGCUGAGCGCAGCUCUCACGAACCAGGAGACGUGUACGGACGGUUUCGCUGACGUUACCGGAAACGUGAAGGAUCAGAUGAGUGAGAACCUUAAGGACUUGUCGGAAUUGGUGAGUAAUGCUCUCGCCAUUUACGCCGCCGCAAAUGGCGACGAUGAUUUCUCCGGGAUCCCGAUACAGAAUCGUCGGCGCAGAUUAAUGAAUUUGGAAAAACAUCAUGAUGAUUUUCCUAAAUGGUUGUCGAGGAGAGACAGAAAAUUGUUAAACAAAUCAGUGUCGGCGAUUCAAGCCGACAUAAUUGUGGCAAAAGACGGUAGCGGGACGGUGAAGACGAUAGCCGAGGCGAUAAAGAAGGUGCCGGAAAAGAGUAGUCGUCGGACCAUAAUUUACGUCAAGGCGGGAAGGUAUGAAGAGAAUAUGUUGAAGGUAGGGAGGAAGAAAAUGAACGUGAUGUUUAUAGGGGACGGGAAGGGGAAGACAGUGAUUACAGGAGGCAAAAGUGUAGCCCAGAACAUUACAACAUUCCAUACAGCUUCUUUUGCGGCAACUGGAGCUGGUUUUGUUGCAAGGGAUAUGACAUUUGAGAACUAUGCUGGACCAAGCAAGCAUCAAGCAGUAGCCCUUCGUAUCGGAGGUGAUCAUGCCGUGGUCUUUCGCUGCAAUAUUAUUGGAUACCAAGACACCCUCUACGUGCACUCACAGCGCCAAUUCUAUCGCGAGUGUGAUAUCUAUGGGACGGUGGAUUUCAUCUUUGGCAAUGCAGCAGUGGUCCUCCAAAACUGCAACAUCUAUGCUCGAAAGCCCAUGGCCAAUCAAAAGAACACCAUCACUGCCCAAAACAGGAAAGACCCUAAUCAAAACACUGGCAUUUCAAUCCAUGCUUGCAAAAUCCUAGCAACACCUGACCUCGAGGCGUCCAAAGGAAGCUUCCCUACAUAUCUAGGUCGACCAUGGAAGAUGUACUCGCGAACAGUCUACAUGUUAUCUAACAUGGGCGAUCAUAUACACCCGAGUGGUUGGCUUGAGUGGAAUGGUGAUUUUGCGCUGGACACAUUGUAUUAUGGCGAGUACAUGAACUUUGGGCCAGGAGCAGCCGUUGGGAAACGGGUUACUUGGCCGGGAUAUCGGGUCAUCAAGUCCGUGGAAGAGGCCAGUAAGUUCACUGUAGCAAAGUUCAUUUAUGGAUCAUCUUGGUUGCCUUCAACAGGGGUGGCCUAUUUGGCAGGGCUGAAUACUUAAGGAAGGUAAACCAAACCUACUCCAGAAUGGAUAUUUAUGGUUUUUGCAGUGGUAUAUAAAUAAGUAUACAUAUCUGAAUAGUAUUUAAUUUCAAAUUCUAAUAAUUAAGCCGUUAAAUUGCAAUUUGCUCCAUUGCUAAAUUGACUAAAGAGCAAACAUCCUAGAGUUUACGUCUUUCAUUGAAUGAUAAGUGUUGUAAUUUAUUUUUGUUGUAAUUAGAACAUACUAUCAAAAAGCUAUUGGUUCAAUUGAAAAAGUGACAGUUUUACAUUCGGA